AUCCUAUUGCUUCAAGAGUCUGCAUGAUAAAAUAACAUUGAAUUUGGGACGGAUUCAAGAGUCGGUUGAACUUUCUCCUCUCAGUGGCUUAAGUGCGGUUAAGUGGACGAGAAGCCCUGCUCUCCCCACCCCACCCUGUGGUCGCAUGUACUGUCUAACUCUAUGGAUAGAUUCAUGUAGAGAUGUUCAUGUUACCUUGAUUGUCAGGGGAUUUAUGCCUGCUCGAGAUGUUGGCUGCCUAAUCUCCAUCAUUGGAAGGCGAUCAGUGAAUUAAAAUCAGCCCCCAAUUCAUACAGGCUUCUUCGCCCCGCAGAUCCUGUCUGGCACCUAGACAUUGCUAUAAAAGGAUUUUAUACCGCAGACAGACCACAGAACAAAACACAUGUCAGCUUCAUCACUUCCUCUUCGCAUCAAAAUGGACCUCCCUGAUGAGAUUCUGCUUAUGAUUAGCGACCAGAUAGACACGCAAAAAGAUAGAAUCAGACUACUUUCAGUGUGUCGUCGCUGGUAUAAGCUCUUCUUCCCCAGAGUCUACGCUCGUCUGAAAGUCGAGGAUGACUUCGACCAGUUCGAUGGCGUCGCUCGUCUAGCCUCUGCUCUCCUGCACAACCUCCAUCUCGCCUCUGCAAUACGCAAAUUCGACACUGGCCAAUGGGGGCUAUGUGACGGUUAUCGGACGGAAUUUGACACCACCCCGUUCCACCCCGUGCUGGAAAAGAUCAGUCAUUGUCCAGAAGAACUGGACAAAUGGAAGAAAGGUCUGGACGGCAACGAUGAUGAAGCAUGGUUCGCUCUCAUGCUGACUUUGAUGCCAAACUUGCGGGUCCUCAAAACUGAGCCCUUUUGCUGCAAUGACUUUUUUGAAACGGUUACGGCGCGCAUUGCUACGCGCCAGAAGCCCUUCGACACCAGGCCUGCCCUGCAGCAUCUGGAAGAAUUCCACUCUUCAACAGACGACAUGAAGAACAGCAACCAUUCAGCCUUCUUCAUUCCAUUCUUCCGUCUUCCAUCAAUGAAGAUGUUCAAAGCUCACCGCGUCUGGGAAGACGAGGACGAGGAACCCUUGCCCGAGGCUGCCAGACCACCCCCAGCCAGUUCAAGCAUCACGGAACUCCGCUUCAUCGGCGAAACAUACACACGAUGCAACGGCAGCAACGGCUUCGCGACUUUCAUCACGGCAUGCAAGAACUUGGAGAUUUUCGAAUAUCAGCACGAUGACUGCGCCGAUUGGUCAAAUCGAUACGUCGAGUUCCGGCCUCGCGCUUUCUACCAUCCCCUGAUCACGACGCAGAAGCAUAGUCUUCAGGUGCUACGGCUAAGCGAUAUCGGCGACGUGGAGCCGAUUGACAACGAUUCCUACGGGCCAGGUGAGGCCGAGAAUAUUCUCCACGCUGGGGGGCAUCCUAGCAAUGGCUGGUUCGGUUGCCUAAAAGAGUUCACGGCCCUGCGGGAGCUGCGUAUUCGUCUGCGCAAUCUUCUCGAUUUUGGUCCCAUGUCAAAAGUUCCCACGGUUACUUUUGUGGAGAUUCUCCCGUCUACGCUGGAGUAUCUCUCCAUCGCGGACUACCAGAUAAGGGAUUUUGAUGUGCUCACGGCGAACUUGGAAGAGAUGCUCGUCUCUCAUAAAGAUAUGUUUCCUGUCCUUGGAAAAAUCGAGAUUCAGCCCCAUGACCUUGAUCAAUCUUCCCAUGACACGGCGGGGGAAGAAGGACCGACCCCGAGAUAUGAGAUUCCUGUUUCAAUACGAGAGUCGUUCGACCCGGUGAAGGAUACUUGUGAGAAGGCUGGAAUUGAAUUUGUAUUCAGUCUGGAUGGAGAAGAUCGGCUUGAAAGGUAAUACUUUGAAAAAAAUAUCAAACAUAAUGGUGCACAUAUUGUUGCUCAGCAUACAAACUAUAUGCUUCCCGCAUACUGGCUAUAUGUAUUUUCCUAUUGCUAUAGAAAUAAUCUCAGAUAGUUGUGCCCUCCCUUGAUAUCCAAAAGGGCCACCCAUCUAGCCAACUUCAUUCCCCAGUUAUUAAU